AAACAGUUGGACGCAGCCAUCCAUGUAUUGCCCUCUUCUGACCUCAAGGCCUCCACUCAUAAGACUCGCAAAAGAGUCAUCAAAACUGAAGUGACAGACGCUAUGAAUCCAGUUUCGCCCAAAAGAUCGGCUAAAUUGAAGUGCACUUUCUGUGACCGGAGUUUUAAUAAGAAUUUUGAUUUACAACAACAUAUCCGAUGCCAUACGGGAGAGAAACCUUUCCAAUGCAUUGUCUGCGGCAGAGCUUUCGCACAAAAAAGUAAUGUCAAAAAACAUAUGCAAACACACAAAGUAUGGCCGGACGGGUUGGCCCAUACACUACCACCACAAGCGUCUAUGGAUAUGCUUAAAGACAACAGCAAUGAUGACAGUCUU